AUGCGGAGGGAAGAAAAGCAGAAGAAAGGAGGCAAGGCUGGAAAGGGGGAGAGCCGGACCCAGCUGGCCGCGGGAGAGCCGCGAGAAGGCACUCUGGCCCUAGCAGCGAGACGCACUGGUGGGGUUAAAAACCGAGCGGCUGGAGCCCCGGGGAGGGGGAGGGACGGGGAGGGGCCGCUGUGGGGGAUAACGAGAAGGAAGCAGGGAGAGGCGGGAGAGCUCCGAGCUGCCGCCGAGUCCCAGGUAAGGAACGCCAGAUGUCAGGGUCAGGGGGAGGGGAAGCCCCGCCCCGGGGCUGCAAGGGAGGGGGCCGGAGUCAGGCUUCCGGGCGCGGUCUCCUCCGGCACCUGCCCGGGCAUCGGCUCACCUCGGCGAGCGGCGGCAGCCUGCCUGCUUCUGGAAAGGGGAGAUGCAAACCGGGCAGCGGGGAGAGGAAGCGGACAAAUGGAGGGGAGCGCGAGGGCGGAGAGACAGGCGGGCAAGGGCCGAGGGGCGAGGAACGCAGAGGCUCGCAGACGCAUAAACGCCUGGGACGAGACGCGGAGAGGAAGAGAGACAAGGACACACACUUGGAAAAAUGAAGCAAGACGAGAGACUCAGAAGAGAGCCCUGAAAGAAGUGAGGAAGAUUUUCUGGAUCUCCAUCCCCUCAAUUGCAAAAGUUACUACAUAUAACUCUUUUUGUAGUGGCAAGCAACUGGAAACCGGGGAUGCUCAUCAGUUGAAGAAUGGCUGAAUAAUAUGAAUGCAGUGAUGAAUAAUAUGAAUGAAAUGAUGGUGAGCAGACUGAUUGCAGAAAAGCCUUGAAAGACUGACAUGAACUGAUGUUGAAUGAUGUGAGUAGAACCUAGAGAACAUUGCACUUAGUAACAACAAGAUUAUGUGAUGAUCCAAAUGUGAUGGAUGUGGCUCUUCUCAACAAUAUAGUGAUUCAAGGCAGUUCCAAUAGACUUGUGAAGGAAAAUUCCAUCUGCUCCAAGAGAAAGAACUAUGGAUUCUGGAUGUUGAUUAAAGCAUAGUAUUUUCAUUUUUUUGUUGUGUUUGUUUGCUUGUGUUUUUUUUUUUUCUUUUUGGUCUGAUUUUUCUUGGACAAUAUAAUAAAUAUGGAAAUAUGUUUAAAAGAA